AUGGACCUGAACCCGCCACCACCGAAGAGCUGGAGCAUCCACACUCGACCCGAGAUUAUCGCCAAGUACGAAAUCCAAGAACGUGUGGGCUCCGGCGCUUACUCCGAUGUCUACAGGGCGCUUCGCCUGUCCGACAAUCUGGAGGUGGCUCUCAAGGAGGUACAUGACUACCAGUCUGCGUUCCGCGAGAUCGAGGCCCUGCAGAUCCUCCAGGGGAUCCCUAAUGUCGUAGUUUUGCACGAGCACUUUUGGCGGGAGGACGAGGACGCUGUCUUGGUGUUAGAGUUCUUGAGGACGGAUUUGGCUACGGUGAUUAAAGAGGCAAAGAAGGGAGGCGGGCUUCAGGUUGGGGAGGUCAAGAGAUGGAUGAUGCAGAUUCUGUGUGGAGUGGACGCUUGUCACAGGAAUAUGGUCAUGCAUCGCGAUUUGAAGCCUGGGAAUAUGUUGAUAUCCGAUAAUGGAGUGCUCAAGUUAGCAGACUUUGGGCAGGCGAGGAUGCUCAUGGAGCCUGGAUAUGUUGCAGCAGAUGCCAAUCAAGAACAAGGUUCCAUAAGUAAGGAGGAAUAUUUUAGAGAGAUGGAUGAGGUCAAGGCUGAAAUAUCCCUGGAUGAAAUGGCCAAACAAACCAAUGUCCAUGAUGAAAAUACAUCUUGUCAUGCGACUUGCACAACAGGUGACAUUGAAGAAGAUCCUUUCAAGGAGACGUGUUCUUACGAGGCACAUGAAGGUGAAGACCUUAGGCAUGGUUUUUGGACAUCAUGUGUGGGAACUCGCUGGUUCAGGGCCCCUGAACUUCUCUAUGGGUCUACAGAUUAUGGACUAGAGGUUGAUUUGUGGUCUUUGGGAUGUAUUUUUGCGGAGCUUUUAAGUCUUGAUCCCCUUUUUCCUGGGAAUUCUGAUAUUGAUCAGCUCGGUAGGAUUAUCAAUGUGUUGGGAAAUCUGACUGAAGAUGUCUGGCCGGGUUGUUCAAGACUUCCUGAUUACAGAAUAAUUUCAUUCUCUAAGGUAGAAAAUCCAAUUGGUUUAGAAGGCUGUCUUCCCAACCGUGCCCGUGAUGAAAUCUCGCUGGUUAAAAAGCUUGUUUGUUACAACCCUGCUAGUAGAGCUGCCGCAAUGGAACUGCUCCAUGACAAGUAUUUCGUUGAGGAGCCUCUUCCAAUUCCCAUAUCUGAACUGCGGGUUCCUUUGUCUAAGAGUUGGCAAGAUGAGGAAUCUCCAGGUGAGUGGUAUAAUUACAAUGACUCAGAUUCUGAUUUCGAUGAAUUUGGCCCUCCAAGAGUUACCACCACCCACUCUGGUUUUUCCAUUCAGUUCCCCUGAGCUCGGGGUGUAAUAUGGAAUGGUAUCUUACACACACACACACAUAUAUAUUUGUAUGUUGUGAGAAUCUCUCCAAGUCAGGCCCUCCGAAGUUUCCCUACACGAGAUUAGGAUACCUUGAGUGUCGCUCCAAAGUAUUGACGAGAAGGUUUGAACCUAGGACACAUUGGGGUUGCUCGAAAUUGAUGGUUUUAACGGGAAUGCAAUGACAAUUGCAAGUGUGGGUUUGCGUGAAUGAGGAAUGAAAUUAAGCUAGUGCUUAUGGGGUCAUGCUAUUUUGUUAUAUGCAUUUUUAAAUAUCUUAUCUUGUUAUAUGAUAUUACAAUAUUCUAAUUCAUUUUAUUUAAUUAA